UUCAAUGCCCCGCGAAAGCAGCUGGCCACCAAGGCGGCUCGUAAGAGCGCGCCGGCCACGGGCGGCGUGAAGAAGCCCCACCGCUAUCGGCCCGGCACCGUGGCCCUGCGGGAGAUCCGGCGCUACCAGAAAUCUACUGAGCUGCUGAUCCGUAAGCUGCCGUUCCAGCGGCUCGUGCGCGAAAUCGCGCAGGACUUCAAGACGGACCUGCGCUUCCAGAGCUCGGCCGUCAUGGCGUUGCAGGAGGCCAGCGAGGCCUACUUGGUGGGGUUGUUUGAAGACACGAACCUGUGCGCCAUCCACGCCAAGCGCGUGACUAUCAUGCCCAAGGACGAUCAGUUUGACUCCUGGUCGAAGGGUCUGAGUAUAACCAAGUCCAAUUAG